GGUCCAGAAGCUGAAAAGUCUUAAGGCAGUUAGUGGAGAAAAGCAAGCACGCGAAGCAGGAGGAGGAGAAGACGACGACGACGACGAACCGGCAAUUUCGAUCGAAACCCGAAGCUGUUCGCGUCAAGAUCGGAGCUUUCGAGAAACCCAAGAAACCCUUUGGGCUAGGGUUCGCGGGAGAGCCCUCGGAGCUCCGAUGGAGCGGCUGCUUCAGGUACCGGCGGCCGAUCACGGCGGCGGCGGCGGCAACAGCAGCAUCCCCGCCGGCGGCGGCCAGACCGGGAAGGAGCAGCAGGCCGCCGGCGUCGGUAUCCUCCUCCAGAUCAUGAUGCUCGUCCUCUCCUUCGUGCUCGGCCACGUGCUCCGCCGCCACAAGUUCUAUUAUCUCCCCGAGGCCAGCGCUUCUCUUCUGAUAGGUCUGAUCGUUGGUGGACUUGCUAAUGUUUCGGACACUGAGACUAGCAUCAGGACAUGGUUCAACUUCCACGAGGAAUUUUUCUUUCUGUUUUUGCUGCCUCCGAUAAUCUUUCAGUCAGGAUUUAGCUUAGCUCCCAAACCUUUUUUCUCGAAUUUCGGAGCCAUCGUGACAUUCGCUAUAUUUGGCACUUUCAUAGCUUCUGUUGUCACGGGAGUUCUAGUAUAUCUUGGUGGAGUGAUGUUUCUCAUGUACAAACUCCCUUUUGUUGAGUGCCUCAUGUUCGGUGCUCUUAUAUCAGCAACCGAUCCUGUCACGGUUUUGUCCAUAUUUCAGGAGCUCGGAACAGAUGUGAAUCUAUAUGCCUUGGUUUUUGGAGAAUCGGUGUUGAAUGACGCAAUGGCCAUUUCUUUGUACAGGACGAUGUCUUUGGUGAGACAAAAUGCAUCAUCUACACAGAACUUCUUUAUGGUGAUUGUCAGGUUUCUUGAGACCUUUGUGGGUUCAAUGUCUGCAGGAGUUGGAGUUGGUUUCAUCUCUGCUUUGCUCUUCAAGUAUGCAGGCUUAGAUAUUGACAAUCUCCAGAACCUAGAGUGCUGCCUCUUUGUUCUAUUUCCGUAUUUCUCGUACAUGCUUGCAGAAGGACUUGGCCUUUCGGGAAUUGUCUCGAUAUUGUUCACGGGCAUGGUCAUGAAGCAUUACACAUAUUCAAACUUAUCAGAAAAUUCACAGCGAUUUGUGUCGGCAUUUUUUCAUUUGAUAUCAUCACUGGCAGAGACUUUCGUAUUCAUAUACAUGGGCUUUGAUAUUGCAAUGGAACAGCACAGCUGGUCUCAUGUUGGGUUUAUCUUCUUCUCAAUUUUAUUCAUUGUAGUUGCAAGGGCAGCAAAUGUCUUUUCUUGUGCCUAUCUAGUCAAUUUGUCUCGACCUGCAACUCGUAAAAUACCUGCAAAACAUCAAAAAGCACUUUGGUACAGUGGUCUCCGAGGUGCCAUGGCUUUUGCUCUUGCUCUACAAUCAGUUCAUGAUCUCCCAGAAGGGCAUGGACAGACUAUAUUCACCGCGACCACUGCGAUUGUUGUCCUAACAGUCUUACUAAUUGGAGGUUCAACUGGUACAAUGCUGGAAGCCCUACAAGUUGUUGGUGAUACCCAUGAUGGCUCUUUGGGUGAACGUAAUUUCCAGAACUCAGAAGGCAACCAUAGCUAUGUUGCCCCUAUUUAUGAUGAGGAUUCAUCAUCUGGGAACAAAUUCAAAAUGAAGCUUAAAGAGUUUCACAGGAGCGCUGCAUCAUUUACAGCACUGGAUAAGAAUUAUCUCACUCCAUUCUUUACGAGUCAAAAUGGGGAUGAAGAUGACGAUUUUGAUGAACCCAUGCCUAGUUCCCAGAGAGGGGGCUUCCAACAUUGAUAUAAGUUGGCCAAAGCUUGUAUGUGCUUUAGAUUCGCGGUACCUCUCACCUGAAUAGUGGCCGGAAGGAUGAACGGCAGCUACACGACUAUUACCGUAACCUCCGCGACUUCCUAACGUCCAGCACAUGCCUUUUACACGACUGCGGACGUCAAGACAAAGAAGCAUCUACUGUUUAGUGGAGCUUCUAUAGCUGAUGAAGAAAAAUCUUUUAUGUUCCCACCAAAUUCAUCGCACUAUACAUUCAGCUCAUCGUAGAUAGAAUCUAUUACUGUAGACCUUCUACAAUCGACGGUAUUGUUCUGUGCAUAUCUCA